AACUUUUACGUCACUUCAAAUGGUCGGCUGGCGCCCGGCCAGGCCCCCCUACAGGAUGGAGGCGUGUAUCGCCUGGAGCCCCGCCUCUGUGGGGGGAAGGGAGGUUUCGGCUCCAUGCUGCGAGCUCUGGGCGCUCAGAUCGAGAAGACCACCAACCGAGAGGCCUGCAGGGACCUGAGUGGGCGUCGCCUCCGAGACGUCAACCACGAGAAAGAGAUGGCGGAAUGGCUGAAGAAGCAGGCGGAGCGCGAGGCGGAGAAGGAGCAGCGGCGCCUGGAGCGCCUGCAGAGGAAGCUGGCCCCGCCCAAACACCAGUUCUGUGACCCGGAGUACCAGCAGCAGUGCCACCACCUGAGCGAGAGGCUGGAGGACUCUGUGCUCAAAGGUUUGCAGGCGUCCUCCAGCGCUCAGGCGGCGGCCGAUGACAUCACCACGGUUAAGAGAGCCAGCAGCACGGCGGAGAGCGAGGCGCCGCCGCAGAAGAAGAAGAAGAAGGCAGCGGCAGGGGGUGGAGCAUCAGCCAGUUUCUG